AUGGCGGAGAAGGCGGUGAGCAUCAUCGCGGGAGCCAGAAAGGUAGAAGGCGAGCAGGCGUGGUUGCUGGAGCCACCGCAGAGGUCGGGUAAGAGGGCUGAGGAGGCGGUGCGGCAGAAGAUGGCGGAGAGAAAGCGGGGGAAGGAGGCGAAUACGAUGGAGAGGAUGAGAAACAACCCCUCUCGGCCGCCAUGGAUGGAUGUAGAUCUAGGGUUUGUGUUUGCCUCGGAGAUCAAUGGAUUCCAAACUAAAUAUCAAAGUAUAAACUUAGGAACAAAAAAGAUGGGAUUUGAGAAAAGCUUGAUGAGAAACUUGAACAAGAUGAAGCUUGAAAACAUUGGAUUAAUCUCUGUGUUUUCUGGAGUUGUUCUUCUCUUGCUCUUCUUUGUCCUCCUCUCUGAUCCUUUGAGUUUCAAGGUUUCCAUUGAUGAAGCUUCCAAAACCUUAAUUGCAAAUGUAAAGGCAGCGAGGCAAAUUGAUUUGAAGAACAAGAAAGAGACAACAAUGGAGAAGAGAAAACAAAUAUGUGACUUUUCAAACAGAAAAACAGAUGUCUGUGAGAUCAACAAUGGUGAUGUUAGAAUUCAUGCAAACUCUUCAACAGUUCAAUUCAUCACUACUUUUCCUUCAGAAACAAAUCAUUCAUGGAAAAUCAAACCUCAUCCUAGAAAAGGAGACAAGAUUGGAAUGUCCAAAAUUACAGAAUUCACACUCAAAUCCUCUGCUUCUUUUGAUCAAGCACUCAAUUCAUGCACUCUUAUUCAAAGCAUUCCAUCAAUAAUAUUUUCAAUAGGAGGUUACAUGGGGAAUGUAUUCCAUGAUUUCAGUGACAUUCUAAUUCCUCUUUUUCUCACUUCUCAUCAUUAUCAUGGACAAGUUCAGUUUGUUAUAACUGAUAUGAAACAUUGGUGGGUUUCAAAGUAUAGAAAUGUACUCAAUCAGCUCACAAAGUUUCCAAUCAUAGAUAUGGACAAGGAGGAAGGAGUACUUUGCUAUCAAAAUUUAACCAUUGGACUUAGAUUCCAUUUGGAGUUGAGCAUUGAUCCUUUGAAAUCUCCGUAUUCGUUUUCGAUGCAAGACUUUGCUAGUUUGAUAAGGAAUUCAUACUCACUUAAGCGGGAAAAGGCGAUAAGUUUAAACGAAAACACAAGAAAAAAGCCGAGGUUGAUGAUCAUAGCAAGAAGGCAAUCGAGAUCAUUUACUAACAUAGUUGAAAUAGUUCGAAUGGCCGAAGAUGUAGGAUUCGAGGCAGUUGUUGCAGAGUGUGAUGCAAAAUCUAACUUAACCGAAUUUGCGAAAAAGGUGAAUUCUUUUGAUGUAAUGAUGGGUGUACAUGGGGCAGGACUUACAAACUUCAUGUUCCUUCCUAGUAAUGCAAUUGUCAUUCAAGUUGUUCCUUUAGGAGGAUUGGGAGAUGUUUCUUGGAUGGACUAUGGAAAGCCUUCAGUGAAUAUGAAGUUAAGGUAUUUACAGUAUGAUAUCAGUGAAAAUGAGAGUACUUUGAUUGAAGAAUACCCAAAAGAUCACAUUGUAAUUAAGGACCCUUCCUUAAUUAGGAAACAAGGAUGGCUUUCUCUAAGGGAAAUUUAUUUGAUCAAACAAAAUGUGAAGCUUGAUGUUCAAAGAUUUAGGCCUGUUUUACUCAAAGCCAUUGAGCUUCUUCAUUACUAG